AUGGGCAGGAAGAAGGUGCGAAGAAAAGUCAACAUGCCCAGAAAGCAGACCAAGCUUGAAAGGCAGUUCAACUGUCCAAUGUGCAGCCACGAGAAUGUUGUACAAUGUGUGAUCAAGAAGAUGCAGAUGAAGGGAAUUGCUCGGUGCUCAGUAUGCGAGGCAAGUUUUAUGUGCGACAUAGAUAAACUCACAACAGGAAUAGAUGUGUACUCUGCAUGGGUUGAUAGCUGCAGUAAGGAUUGA